UUAGCGUCCAUGUUACAUGACUGUAGCAGUAUCAAACGCGUAUUAAUGUGUGUAGAGUAUUUUUUCCUUAUUUCGUGGUUCAAAUAAAGGUUACGUUCAAAUAAAGGUUACGCAGGCUCGGUGACCUAGUUUAUAAGCUACCGGAUAUUAUAAACUGGAAUAGUUUAACAGUAUAACAUUAAAACCAGAUAUGAAAGGAGCCGAAGCUGAUGCGGAAUAUGAUGCUCACACGGGAACUACAUUCGUUGAUUCUAAAGGGAGACCGGGAUCAUCACAAACGAGGACUCGAAAACGUGCAAUUAUUAUUGGUGUGGUGGCUAUUUUAAUCGCUGUCAUCGUUGUCGUCGUCGUUGUUGUUGUUGUUGUUACUCAAAAAAAAAAAGAUGACGGUGACAAUUCCAAUCACAGCAAAUACAGCAAAGAAUGCGGACCUUUCAAGUUGCCUGACAAGCUCAAUUUUUCAGACUUAUCUCCGACCAUAAUUUCUAACAGUUACACAUGUCCUUUGGGUGGUGACUGCUGGUCAGGAGAAAAGUGUUUUGAGUGUUUUAAACUUGAUACAUGGAAAGUGGGAAACAUCAACUACAUACCAGUGUGCUGUCCAGAUUGUUUAGUUCGAGGAUUGAGUGUUUCGAACAGCGGGUGUAAUUGCAGGUACAAUGGACGUUAAGGGAGACACAGGACGUUAAAAAUGCAAAUUUUCUUUAAAACAAGCAUGUGUAAAUCCAAUUUGAAAACAAACAAAAAAUGAUAAUGAAGAUUCUACAAAGUACUUGAAGAAAAUGGCUUGACAGUGUGUAAUAUUGAUAUCUAAAUUUUGGUAUCAAUUCUAAGAUAAUGGAUACAUUCAUUUUAAGGCACAUUAUGCCUCAGAAACAUUUUUUUACUUCUUAAGAAAGGGCUAACAUGAAUUUUAUAAUGUUUUAAUUUUGGUUUUAGAGAAUGUUAGAUGCUCUUUAACUCGAAUAAGUAGUGAUAAAUAUGAAAUUUGUCAUGAAAGAAGUAAAAUGUAAUCAAAGUUGUAUUUUUACUUCCAUACAAAAUACUCAAUCACUAUAACUGUACAUAUUGCUAAAAGCAACAUAUGAAAAAUAUUGCAAGGUUAUUGGCCAAUGAGUAAGUUUUUUGAUACUAUAAAAGUACACCAUUAUAAAAAUCUUUUGAAAAAUAAAAUUUAAAGCAUUUCUGAGGCAUUAUGGGCUUUUAAGACUGUCUAGGAGCAGGCAAUAAUCGGUAUUUGCUCAAGGGAGACGGACUUAGAUUACUAGAAGUAAAUCGCUUAUACAUCAUUUAUCAGCAGUUGAAUUGUUUCAUGUAUUACAUGUCGUAAAGUGCUCAAUCAUUUUGGCAGAAUUUGAGGGUAAAGCAGGGUUUGCAGUUUGAACUUUUAUUAACUAGAUGUUGUUAAUAUAAAUAUCUCGUGUAAUUAAGUAUAUAAUGAGCGUACAUGAAAGUAUGUUGCCGUAAUACAUCGUGGUAUUCAGAAUGUUAAAGCUCCAUGUAGCAAUCAGUGUACGCAGCCGUUGCCGAGACUGACCUUGAAUUACACAAUUCGCGACUUUUUGGAAUGGUCCAUGGGGCUUAACAUUCUUUCAUGCGAAGAGGUUAUCGAGCUAGCUUACGGAAGGACCAUGCUUGUGUUCAAGUGUCCAUGAUGUACACGGCGUUCAUGUAUUCCUGAAUCAGUACAAUUAUCAAGAACUUUGUAGUAUCGUUUGAUUUUAAACCGAAUGAAAUACAAACUGAUAAAAAUCCAAUUUGACAAACAGUGCCUUUAUAUUUUCUUGCUUCUGUAUUAAAAAGAGUUGCAUUUCAAUUGUAAAAUGACAUUGACCCUCAAUGUGAUCUUUACUUUCAAUGUAAUAUAAAAAAAAAUCACAAAAAUAUCACAAAACUGCAUUUAAUCAACAAAUUUAAGCUGUUAUUACUAUAGUUUUAAGAUGUUUUAUGUCCUUUUUAAUGAUAAAUUAAUCUCUUUGUAUUGUAUAAAGUAGUUUAUGUAUCAAUAUAUAUUCUUUUAAGAUGUUAUGAUUAUAAACAAGUAAUGGCUAAAAUUAUUUUUGUUAUCUCCGGUUCAUGUUUUAUAUUGUAUUUGUUAUAUGUUUUUUAGAUACUUUAAAACCGACCGUGAAUAUUAUUUGCUUUUAUUUAUCAUAGUGCUUGAUUGUUAGAAUAUGCACGGGAGUGACAUUCCAGUCACGCAACCCCGACAACAUCCAGAAAUAAUCAGUCGUUCAAACUUGAAUAAUAGAUAGAUAGGAAUGUGUCUCGGUAUGUGGAUUGAUUGAUUGAUUGGUUCGUUGGUUGUUUGUUUGUUUGUUUCUUUGUUUGUUUGAUUGAUUAAUUAAUUAAUUAAUUGAUUGUUUGAUUUAAUCCUUAUCUAUGCUCCCUUUCGCAGCUUACUGAAUACACUUCAGUAAGAACGUGAGCGAAAGUGACACAAUCGACCGAUGCGCAGGCCUAGGAGAGUAACAUCCACCUACUUGAAUUGAAAGUGGUAAGAAUGCCAGGCCCCCCUGACUGAACAUCUUACAAGACUAAACUGUUGAAAAACCAGCUUCAAAUUUUCAUCUUAACAACCCCAAAAUUGAUAAUGAACAAUUCGAAAAAUGGAAGCUGGGAAAGUUCAUGUAACAAAUUCAGGAGGUUAAGGCGACCUUCAUUCACUUUUACGGUGGAAAGAACGUUAACUUUUUUACAUACAUUAUUACAUCAUCUUGUAGAUUUGAACUUAUUUACCAUGCCUUUUAUUUUUUAUCUUAUACAUUUAAUUCCCUGUGUUAUAUGGGUGAAAUUUUAUACAGUGUAUCUACCCGAGAAACUCGGGUGAUUUAGAUAUCUUCCACCACAAUUAAUAGGAAGAAGCCGUAUGGUUUUCACACUGUCAAAAAUAUUUUGUAAAAUAAAACGUGACUAAAUUAUGCUUGAUAUCUAUUUAAACUAAUGUGUAAUAUUUAUAACUUUCUAUGUUUAUAACUUCUGUACUAGAUAAAGUUAUUCUUUAUUUUAUAUAUUUUGCACUUUAUUUGCAUUUUAUGUAUGUAUUUAAACCUGUAUAAAUAAAUUGUUGUGUAUCAAA